GUCGCCCCAACAAAACAUUUGAACACGUUGAACUUACAUAAUUGCUUUAUAAGAAGCCAUUGAGCUGCAUGCCACCGGCUUAUAUAACGUAAACCCCUAAAACAACUCUUCAAAAUGUCAACAGUCGUGUCUGACUGCUUUACCAUCGGCAGUAUAGUAGCAACCCGAACAUGUUACAACCAAGAAAUAGAAGGCGAAGUUUUGGCCUUCGAUCCUCAAACGAAGAUGUUGAUAUUGAAAUGUCCAUCAUCCAGCGGUAAUCCUAAACGCCACGAUGUGAAUAUUGUUAAUUUAUCGUUAGUCAGCGACGUGCAAAUUAAGAAAGAAGUGACCGCCGUACCGGAAGCUCCCCAGAGCCUAAAUCUACACAGACUUAACACUAGAGUACGAAAUUCUAUUGAGAAUAAGAGAAGACUAGUUUCAGCACUAUCAGCAUGCUUGGACCCGGAGGGCCAGCGGCUAUUCCUGGCCAUCGCGCGGGUGAUCGACGACGUCUCCUGGGCCGGACAGAACAUCCGCGUCUACAAUGAGGUCACCAUCUCACCGCCUUAUAAGGUGGAGAAUGUGGCUGGCGAGCCGGAAUCGAAGCCCUACAACUACAUCCGCAAGUUCGUGGAGCGACACUGGAGCGACCGCGAGCUCCCAGCGCACCAAUAGUACCCCACACUAGUCUAACUUGUCGGUGCGAAACAGGGGAAGCUAGCUAAGCAAAGAGUUGGAACUUACAUCAGUAAAUUCGAGUUAUUUGUAGCGACAUCUAGCGUCAAACACGCGUCAAAUAGCGUAAAUUAUCAGUACCACUACUCGACACUAUGUGUCGACACUUCGACAGUGUCGCGUCUGCCAAAAAAAAUAAUAUUAAAAGAGUUUACAACUUAAAGUCGACGUCAAUAGAAUUUGUGAACAAUGUAAACACACCUUGUAGUCAAAAUGUCUUUAAUUUCCAUUGUAAUUCAUCAGAUACUGGCUAAAUCCAUGUGUUAUUCAAUCAAUUCAUAUCACAUUAUGAUCCUCAACCUUUAAAAUAAUAAAAUUGUGCUAGAAUAUUGAUAUUUUAUAAAAUGGUUUGUUUACAUUGUUGAUAAUAUCUAUUGACGGCAAUUUUAUAUUACAAGCAGAAGGAAUUAAAAACAGAAUACUGAUUAAUACUAUUGUAAUAUUAGCUAAAAAUUGUUGAACAUUAGACUUUUCAUUUGUCGCGACAUCUAUUGACAAGUAGCAGUAAUGAUGGUUUACGCUAUUUGACGCGUGUUUGACGCUAGAUGUCGCUACAAAACACUCGAAUGUACUGAUGUAUCAAGUUACAACUCCUUCCUUAUUUAUUCGUCUGGUAUGGAAUGUUUAUUCUGUGGUGAUGAGAGGCAUUAAGGCACUGGUUUCACCUAAAGCGACUGCGCGAUGAGCUAUAGUAAACUGUGGAAUGAAUUGUCGCCUGCGGUUUUUCCCGGCCGAUACGACCUUCAAAUCUUCAAGAAAAGAGCGUAAAGGCCGGCAACGCACCUCCAACACCUCUGGUGUUUCGGGUGUCCAUGGGCGGCGGUGAUCGCUUACCAUCAGGCGAGCUGUCUGCUCGUUUGCCUCCUAUCCCAUUAAAAAAAAGAGAGAGAGAGCGAAUUACUGCCUAAACCGCUCGGCCAUCGGGUCACGAAGGUAAGGGUGAACGGACGAUGAUGGUUCGAUUCCAGCUCGGGACAAUUGGAGGCCUUGGUCACUUUUUCUUUGUAUAUGACAUUUAUUUCAUGUUUGUUGACCGGUCUGGCUCAGUCGGUAGUGACCCUGCCUGCUAAGC